AUGCUCAGCGGUGUGGACGGCGCUCUUGCCUACAUGGAUGACAUAAUCGUCGGUGGAAUCAACGAAAAAGAGCAUAAAAAGAUUCUUUUUGAAGUUCUCACACGAAUUCAAGACUAUGGCUUCAAAUUAAGAAUUGGCAAAUCGAAUUACUACGGGAAAUUCGUCGAGAACAUUCAAAAUCUGCGAGGACCAUUGGACGAGCUGACGCAGAAAGACAGCAAAUUUGAAUGGAUCGAAAAACACGAACGUGCGUUCGAGAAUCUCAAGAGAGUAUUGUCAUCAGAUCUUGUCCUCACUCACUUCGACCCGAAGAAGAAGAUUGUAGUGGCUGCUGACGCCUCAAGCUAUGGCAUGGGAGGAGCGCUGAUGCACGAGUUUCCUGACGGCACGCUUCGUCCUGUGAUGCAUUUCUCGACCUCGUUCAACGCUGCAGAAAAGAAUUACUCGCAGAUCCAACGAGAGGCUGCUGCGAUAGUAUUCGUCGUUAAGCGUUUUCACAAGUACAUUUAUGGUCGACGAUUUACUCUCCUAACUGAUCACAAGCCGCUGAUCUCAAUCUUUGGAUCAAAAGAAGGCAUUCCAACGUAUACUGCAAGUCGUCUGCAGCGCUAUGCUUUAACCUUGCUCGUCUAUGACUUUGACAUUAAAUAUGUCAACACUGACAGUUUUGGCUAUGCUGACGUUGUGUCGAGACUCAUCGCUCAACAACCUAAAGAAGACGAAGAUGUUAUCAUUGCUGCAGUUCAUGACACAAAGGAUCAAUGCUUUGCCAUCGAUUCAGCGAAGACUCUCCCAAUCAAAUUUGAAGAUAUUCGAAACGCUUCUCGUCAGUGUCCAACACUUAUCAGAAUUGUGCAAUUUAUCAAGGAGGGCUGGCCACAGAAAAGUCGGCAGAUUCGAGACCCAGAAGUCGCAAAAUUUUUUAAUCAGAGAAACCAGCUCGACAUCAUUCAGAGCUGCAUUUUCUGGGGCAAGCGUCUUAUCGUUCCUGUUCAAUUCCGAAAUCAAGUCUUACAAGAACUUCAUCAUGGUCACCCAGGACUCGUUCGUAUGAAGCUGCUUGCUCGAAGCAAAGUUUAUUGGCCUACCAUCAAUGAUGACAUCGAGCGAACUGUCAAGACAUGUGAUAACUGUGCCAAAGUGACGAGGUCACCAGUCAAAUGCACCCUGCAAUCUUGGCCCGUUCCAACAGCGGCUUGGUCUCGAGUUCAUGCAGACUACGCGGGCCCAAUCAAUGGCGUCUGGUAUCUAGUAAUUGUCGAUGCUUUUAGCAACUGGCCUGAAAUCUUCAGUACGUCAUCGACAGCUUCUUCCAAAACAAUCGAAAUGUUCGAGAAGGCCAUCACUCAGCACGGCCUUUUUGACACAUUGGUUACCGACAACGGCCCUCAAUUUGUUUCGCAAGAAUUCAAGAAUUUCUGCGCAGCCAACGGCAUCGAACAUAUCACGUCAGCGCCUUACCAUCCCCAGUCGAAUGGUAAGGCUGAGAAGUUCGUGGAUUUGCUCAAAACAGGACUCGCCAAAGCCGGGGGAAACGCUGAGGAAAAGCUUCGCGAAUUUCUCCUGACUUACCGCUUCACGUCUUCGUAUAAUCUCGGAAAUAAGUCUCCAUCAGAGCUUAUGAACGGUCGCAUCAUGAAGACUCGUAUUGACUUGAUGAAGCCUCCCAGAGAAGUUUCUGCUUUACGCAAUACUUCUAUGGAACAGCAAUUCAACAAGGCCCACGGUGCCCGUCGGAAGCAGUUCGACAUUGGCUCAAAGGUGUUCUAUCAGUUGCACAAGUCGAAUGAAGUGUGGUCUUGGGUUCCGGGAGUCGUACGGGGGCGUAUCGAAGCCGAUCCGCAGGAUCAGCAAAACGAGGAGAAUCAAGAUGUUUCAAUCGAUAAAUCAGCCGAUUCUGAUGCCUUCGAAGAUGCCUUGGACGAUGAACAGCCUCAACCUGUUCCGGUUCAGCAGGAGCUACGACGUUCAACGCGCACGAAUUUCGGAGUUCCACCUAAUCGUCUGAGAUACGAUUCGACUUAA